GUUUCGAUUUUUGAAUGGUGAGAGAAUCCAUGGAUGUCAAUCAAUAUCAUCAAAGUUUUAAUGAAGCGUCGAGUUCUAGGGUUUCCUUGAGCAAGAAUUCACAAGUAAUAUCCAAGAUCAAGCCCAAGAUUCGCAUCAUCCAUAUAUGCGCACCGGAGGUAAUCGAGACCGACGUCAAGAACUUCCGUUCACUUGUCCAAAGUCUAACCGGAAAAGCCGCAGCCGGAGAGGCAAAAACCGGUAAAAAGAGAGCCAGAGCGAGAAUUCCAAGGUCUCAAGAACCGGUUUGCGGAGAUCAUCAGCCGGUUAAUCGGCUUACGGGUUUCACCGGUUUAUUAGCGAACGAAGGCGACCAUCAGGUAAAAGAAGAAUGGGGAUCCGGUGAUCAGACUACUUCAAACACAAACACAUACUUCGACCUAGAAGGUUUGAUUAAAGAUGUAAGAGAAGAUUACUACUUCCCAUGAGAGCUUCUUAUUCUUCUUCUUCACAAGUAGAAGGUUUCAUCUUCAACAACAGCCAUACAAGCAACAACUUCGCUGCAAAGAAAAAAAAAAAAAAAACUUCGCUGCAAAGGGUCAUAAU